AUGACUUAUGGGUUUGAGCCAGUUUAUGAGCGUUUCAGAAAGCAAGCCCCAUCGACCUUUGAAGGGAAAACUGAUCCCAUGGUGGCGAAGGAUUGGUUAAGAUCAGUUGAUUCCAUCUUCGAUCAUGUGGAGUUAAAUGAUCGCCAGAGAAUCUUAUGUGCAGCCCACUUACUCAAGUUGGAUGCACAUAUAUGGUGGGAUGUUGUUAAACAGACUUGUGACCUGAAUACCAUGAAUUGGCCAGACUUCAUUCAGGCAUUUAGCAAAAAGUAUUACAGUGCGGCCGUGUUAGCAACCAAAGUAGAUGAGUUUGUGACUUUGGUUCAGGGAAACCUAUUUGUCAUUGACUAUGUGCAAAAGUUCGAUAGGUUGGCUAAACUUGCUCCUGAAGUUGUACCAACUAAUGCUCUGCGAGUCCAAAGGUUCAUGAGGGGACUCAAGCCAAUGAUUACUAAGGACAUUAAGAUGACCAGUGCUGAGGUGGUCAAUUAUAUUGAAGUACUAGAUAAGGUACUCAAAGCAUAUUACUUGGAGGAUCGAAUAUGGAAGGACAAUGCUUCCAGAAGGGAGGCCCAACGACCAAGGGCUUCAAUGAGAGCAAUAAGAGGAAAGCUAAUGAAGGGCAGAAUAGUGGCACUGACAAGUGACCUAGACCCCCGGCCACAAAUAACAACAGUCACAACACUCAUAACCACCCUAACAAUCACUAUAAUGAUUGGAAUCGUGGAAUCAUCAAAGCAACAGAGUAGAGCACCCCAACUGUCGUAA